CUCCGCUCCCUCACGGCGCCGCACGCGAGGCUCCGUCCCAUUGGCCCACGUGGCAGCCCCCGCCCCCGCCCUGCCCGCGGCCAAUCAGCCGCAGCCACCGCGGCCCUGCGGCGGGGCGGGCCCCCAUAAAGGCCUCGCCGGGGAGGUUUUGCAAUCGCCGCCCGCCUCGCGCCCACCAUGGAGGAGCAGCUGUCUCUGCUGGUCCGGAGCCCCGCGCAGCGGCACCGCGACCUCCGCCUCGGUGCCGAGCCCGCCUGGACCGUGCGCCGCCUCAAGACCGAGCUGCGCCGGCUGCUCCCCGACGCGCCGCCUGAAGAGAACCAAAAGCUGAUUUAUUCUGGGAAGCUGCUGCUUGAUCACCACUGCCUAGGAGAAUUGUUGCCAAAGCAUGGGGAGCUGCAUGCUCUUCAUUUGGUAUACAACUUCAAGACUCCUGCAAAUAUGCAAGAAACCAAAUCAGAGGUUAAAGCUGAUCAGCCCAGGUCACCCUCAGAAGCCAGGCAGGAAUCAAAUGUGUCUUCCUCAGAUGGUGGAAGAUUGAGGAGCUCUUCAGGUGUUCACUCUUCAGCAGAAGCCAGUAAUGGGCUGGAAACAACUCAGCGUCCCUUCCAGAGUGUGGUUCCUGGCUUCUCUGCCUACACAACCUACAGCAUGCUUCAGAUGUCCUGGUUCCAGCAGAUUUAUGCAAGACAGUAUUACAUGCAAUACUUGGCUUCUACUGCUGCAUCUGCUGACCCAUCCCAUGCACGGCAUUCUCAGGAGAUACCAGUGGCACCAGUGACACCUCCAGCUCCUCUCCCAGACCCGUUUCCUGCCCAAAACCAGCCUGGAAACCAGAAUGUUGCUGCUCAGGUUAAUGCAGUGGCUGACCAGAACUUGAGGAUGAAUGCCCAAGGGGGGCCCCUCAUGGAGGAAGAUGAGGAGGGUGGCAACCGAGACUGGUUGGACUGGCUUUACUCAGCAACACUGUUAUAUGUUUUUAUCAACAUGGUCUAUUUCUACUCCAGUAUCAGCAGACUCCUUCUUGUCAUGGGUGGCACUGUUCUGAUGUAUCUGCACCAUGCUGGAUGGUUCCCAUUUAGACGAAGACCAGUUCAGCCCUUCCCAGGCAAUGUUCCUCCUCAAGCUGCUCUAAACCAGGACCAGAACAAUAACUUUCAGGGGGAAAAUGGAGGCAGAACAAAUGAGUCUGAGACACCUCCUGAUGAGGGACAGGCUUUCCAAGAACUGCAGCAGGCCAACCCUUCACUCAUGAGCACAGUGUGGGUUUUUUUCAAGACUUUCUUUGCAUCCCUCCUCCCAGAAGGGCCUGGACUGACCCGCAACUGAUUUGUCACCAGUCUGCUCAUGUGAAACUGCAGUGGACACCUGAGAGAACUGGACACCAGCUCCACACCAGGCAUGGAGAGGGAUGGCACUUCCUCUGGCUUUCACUGACCAAGCAAAUAAAGCUGCAAGAAGCCUUACAUCAUUAGAGCCCAGAGACUGAGAUGCUUGUCCUCAUUCAAAAGAACUUUGUUCCAUAGCAUUUAUUAGGUACCUAUGUAGAGGCUUGGCAUUGUGGACUUGUGCACUUAAGGCACAGGCUCUGAGUGGGUGUGCAAAAAUGUUAGGGAAGCAAAUUGCUUCUUCUGUGCAAUGUGAUUCCUGUUGGAAUGUUUCAAAUGCUAUUUUAAUUACACUGAGUGUAGGAUCUCAAACAAAAAUUGCUAGAUAUGCAUUAGCAGAUUUUUAGGAAAGAUCUGUUGUUAAAUUGCUUCAACAAUAUUUUAAAUUCUCUUUGUAAAUAUUUCCCUAUGAAGAAUGUAUUGUGCAAUCUUCUUGUUGGACAAAGUGGAGGACUGUAAGAUGGUGAUGUGGAUAAGAAAUUACCUCAGUGGAGCUGCAGACUAAAUUUCAUGUUGCUGAAUUCAGAUAGUUUAAAUUCAAGAUUUAAUUCCCGCUGGCCUUCCUCUUUCCCCUCUGCCCUGCUGCCAGAUCAUGGGGGAAGAGUGUGUUCAGGUCUAAAUAUAUUUUGUAAAAACUUAUGCAAAAUGUAAACUUCACUGCUUUUGGAUGCAAAGUUAAAUUCCUGUAUUCAACUUUGCAUUUUCACUCCAGUGCAACUCCUCUUGUAUUCAUUGUGUUCCCUUUAAUUUCUGAUAUGGUUAAGGGCUGUUAUUGCAAUAAAAAUUUGCAGACAUUUAUAUCUA